AUGGCAUCGACAACAAAGAUACCAAAUACAGCCCACGCAGUGCCCAUGACUACGCAGCCCUUGGUUUGCCCCGCGCCGGUGUUGACGGCCGAUUUUGACGGCUGUAGGGUCCCCGGCGGAUUGGAGCUGUGGCAGAAUUGGGGAUAUUACUCGCCGGGUAUCUGCUUCAUUGGCUAUGUAGCACUAUGCACUCAGACAGCAGCACCGCCUGGUGGAUGGUCAAUCAGCAAGGACGAAACUGCGGUGCGGUGUGUACCAGUUGGUUACGAAUGCAACGACGAGACGUCCGAUCAAAGAUAUGCCACCUCGCUAUACAAUGACAUGACGCUCUCUGCCCCGGCAUUCGAAAUCAGGUGGCGCAGCGCGGAUGUCAACGGUCAGUUCACCCGGCCACCCACAACCUCGUCAAGUGCACCGGAACCGACAGUGUCAAGAUCUACAGGACAGACCGUGAGCAACAGCUCAGCCGCAUCACCCGUCCCCUCGGCAACGGCGCAGAAGGGGCCGACGAACAUGUCGUCAGGGAAGAUUGCCGGAAUUACUAUUGGUGCUGUGAUCGCCAUCUGUGCCAUGCUGGCGGCUGCAUUUCGAAUGCACUUUCGGCGAAAGAAGGUUUUUGGAAAGGCACAGCCGAAAACGCAAGGCGUCCGAGGGCGUGGCGAGGCUGCAGAACUCGAGUUUGUUGCUCCUCUUGCCGAGCUGCAGAGUGAAGGACCGGUCAAAGAGCUGGACAGCAACCGACCGAAGCAGUACGACGACUACGCUGCGGUCAACAAGGAGCCGGUGGAAUUGCCUGGUGAUACGACGCUUCGGACACUGCCAUGA